AUGACAGGACACAGCGUGACCUUCAACUGCUCGGCCUCCUCUCAGCCUCUCAGCCAGUUCAGCUGGUUCUUCAAUGGUUCCCAGGUGGCAACUGGCUCAGUGUAUGAGACUAGCCCACUGACCUUAGCCAGUCUUGGGGAGUACACCUGUGUGGCCUUCAACAACAUCACUGGAAGAAACAGCACUGUCUCCAAGAUGCUCACCGUCAUUGGUAAGACAGAAGAGACAUCCAAACUGUUUAACUUGUACAUGUAGAUAUAGGCCAUUCAACAUACAGUGAUUGUGAUGUAGUCAAUAUUAUUGUGACACUGACGUUUUCUUCACAGACCCAGUAACCAUGGCCACGGUGAAAGUCAUCGGUGCCCAGCCAAUAGCAGACUACAUGUUUACUCUGACCUGUGAGACCGCUGGAAGCAUUUACUCCAUUCACUGGAUGAGGAACGGCUGGCCUCUGUAUGCUGACAACAGAACAGACUUCUCUAUGAACAACAAUACACUGACAUUCAACUCUGUCCAGCAUUCUGACAACGGAGACUAUCAGUGUUCUGCCUACAACCCCCUGAGCAACAUGACCAGCCCAGACUACAGACUGACCGUCAACUGUGAGUAGUUAUUAUCAAGUUCAACUUUGACCCGAUGGCCUGAGGUGGAAUCUUUGAGAACUUCCUUUAUAAACAUUGUAAUAAAGCCAAUGUGAUGGUUUGGAUCAAACCUUGUAUACCAUAUGACAUAUGUUGAUGUCCUUUAAACUUCUGGCCAAUGACAGAUGAUGGGUUUAACUCACAUCUGUCAAACUCAUUCCGCAGAGGGCCAAGUGUCAGCGGGUUUUUCGAUCCUCCCUUGAACUUGAUUGAUGUAUUAAGGUCCCUUAUUAGUGAGGAACUCCCCAAACCUGGUUGUCUUGGUCUUAAUUGAAAGGACAAAACAAAAACCAGCAGACACUAGGGCCUCCAUGGAAUGAAUUUGACACCCCUGGUCUAACUGAUUGUCUUUUGUAUCAUAGAUGGACCGGAUAUGCCUAUUAUAAAAGGACCAGCAUUAGGAGAAACAGGACACAGCGUGAUCUUCAACUGCUCGGCCUCCUCUCAGCCUCUCAGCCAGUUCAGCUGGUUCUUCAAUGGCUCCCAGGUGGCAUCUGACUCAGUGUAUGAGACUGGCCCACUGACCUUAGCCAGUCAUGGGGAGUACACCUGCGUGGCCUUCAACAACAUCACUGGCAGAAACAGCACUGUCUCCAAGAUGCUCACUGUUGUUGGUGAGUCAGUAACUAAUACUUAAAACCAAGGAACUAAAACUUGCUUUACUGUGUUUGUGUUCAGUUGGUUUUAGACACAGCACACAUGCUGCUGAACCUACAGGAUAAUAAGUUGGAAGUUGAGAUAAAAAGUGCUUAAAACCCCUUUGAUCUACUUUACACAGCACCUGUGACCAUGAGCAUUGUGAAAGUCAUUGGAGCCCAGCCAAUACUGAACGAGAAAUUCUCUCUGACCUGUGAGACCGCUGGAACGGUUUACUCCAUUCACUGGAUGAGGAACGGCUGGCCUCUGUAUGCUGACAACAGAACAGACUUCUCUAUGAACAACAAUACACUGACAUUCAACUCUGUCCAGCAUUCUGACAACGGAGACUAUCAGUGUUCUGCCUACAACCCCCUGAGCAACAUGACCAGCCCAGAAUACAGACUGACCGUCAACUGUGAGUAGUUAUUAUGGCCCAAAACCUAACUUGAUAUUUGCCAAUUUAAUUCUAAUUUUGACCUAUAAUGAGGGCAAGAUGGAAUUUAUAGUAAUGGAAUUGGGGUAGGUUUGGAGGCCACUUCUGGCACCAUUAUAAGAAAACCAAGGGGAUGGCUGGGUAUUGCUGGGGUCAAACCAAGGCAAGCACACUAAUGGCAUUUCCAAUAGCUAAUCUCAUUCAAUAUCUUCAUCAUCUUGUGUUUCCCAGAUGGUCCAGAGAGACCUGUUAUCACGAGUCCGGAUAUAGCGAUGACAGGACACAGCGUGACCUUCAACUGCUCGGCCUCCUCUCAGCCUCUCAGCCAGUUCAGCUGGUUCUUCAAUGGUUCCCAGGUGGCAACUGGCUCAGUGUAUAAGACUAGCCCACUGACCUUAGCCAGUCUUGGGGAGUACACCUGUGUGGCCUUCAACAACAUCACUGGAAGAAACAGCACUGUCUCCAAGAUGCUCACCGUCAUUGGUAAGACAGAAGAGACAUCCAAACUGUUUAACUUGUACAUGUAGAUAUAGGCCAUUCAACAUACAGUGAUUGUGAUGUAGUCAAUAUUAUUGUGACACUGACGUUUUCUUCACAGACCCAGUAACCAUGGCCACGGUGAAAGUCAUCGGUGCCCAGCCAAUAGCAGACUACAUGUUUACUCUGACCUGUGAGACCGCUGGAAGCAUUUACUCCAUUCACUGGAUGAGGAACGGCUGGCCUCUGUAUGCUGACAACAGAACAGACUUCUCUAUGAACAACAAUACACUGACAUUCAACUCUGUCCAGCAUUCUGACAACGGAGACUAUCAGUGUUCUGCCUACAACCCCCUGAGCAACAUGACCAGCCCAGACUACAGACUGACCGUCAACUGUGAGUAGUUAUUAUCAAGUUCAACUUUGACCCGAUGGCCUGAGGUGGAAUCUUUGAGAACUUCCUUUAUAAACAUUGUAAUAAAGCCAAUGUGAUGGUUUGGAUCAAACCUUGUAUACCAUAUGACAUAUGUUGAUGUCCUUUAAACUUCUGGCCAAUGACAGAUGAUGGGUUUAACUCACAUCUGUCAAACUCAUUCCGCAGAGGGCCGAGUGUCAGCGGGUUUUUCGAUCCUCCCUUGAACUUGAUUGAUGUAUUAAGGUCCCUUAUUAGUGAGGAACUCCCCAAACCUGGUUGUCUUGGUCUUAAUUGAAAGGACAAAACAAAAACCAGCAGACACUAGGGCCUCCAUGGAAUGAAUUUGACACCCCUGGUCUAACUGAUUGUCUUUUGUAUCAUAGAUGGACCGGAUAUGCCUAUUAUAACAGGACCAGCAUUAGGAGAAACAGGACACAGCGUGAUCUUCAACUGCUCGGCCUCCUCUCAGCCUCUCAGCCAGUUCAGCUGGUUCUUCAAUGGCUCCCAGGUGGCAUCUGACUCAGUGUAUGAGACUGGCCCACUGACCUUAGCCAGUCAUGGGGAGUACACCUGCGUGGCCUUCAACAACAUCACUGGCAGAAACAGCACUGUCUCCAAGAUGCUCACUGUUGUUGGUGAGUCAGUAACUAAUACUUAAAACCAAGGAACUAAAACUUGCUUUACUGUGUUUGUGUUCAGUUGGUUUUAGACACAGCACACAUGCUGCUGAACCUACAGGAUAAUAAGUUGGAAGUUGAGAUAAAAAGUGCUUAAAACCCCUUUGAUCUACUUUACACAGCACCUGUGACCAUGAGCAUUGUGAAAGUCAUUGGAGCCCAGCCAAUACUGAACGAGAAAUUCUCUCUGACCUGUGAGACCGCUGGAACGGUUUACUCCAUUCACUGGAUGAGGAACGGCUGGCCUCUGUAUGCUGACAACAGAACAGACUUCUCUAUGAACAACAAUACACUGACAUUCAACUCUGUCCAGCAUUCUGACAACGGAGACUAUCAGUGUUCUGCCUACAACCCCCUGAGCAACAUGACCAGCCCAGAAUACAGACUGACCGUCAACUGUGAGUAGUUGUUAUGGCCCAAAACCAAACUUGAUAUUUGCCAAUUUAAUUCUAAUUUUGACCUAUAAUGAGGGCAAGAUGGAAUUUAUAGUAAUGGAAUUGGGGUAGGUUUGGAGGCCACUUCUGGCACCAUUAUAAGAAAACCAAGGGGAUGGCUGGGUAUUGCUGGGGUCAAACCAAGGCAAGCACACUAAUGGCAUUUCCAAUAGCUAAUCUCAUUCAAUAUCUUCAUCAUCUUGUGUUUCCCAGAUGGUCCAGAGAGACCUGUUAUCACGAGUCCGGAUAUAGCGAUGACAGGACACAGCGUGACCUUCAACUGCUCGGCCUCCUCUCAGCCUCUCAGCCAGUUCAGCUGGUUCUUCAAUGGUUCCCAGGUGGCAACUGGCUCAGUGUAUGAGACUAGCCCACUGACCUUAGCCAGUCUUGGGGAGUACACCUGUGUGGCCUUCAACAACAUCACUGGAAGAAACAGCACUGUCUCCAAGAUGCUCACCGUCAUUGGUAAGACAGAAGAGACAUCCAAACUGUUUAACUUGUACAUGUAGAUAUAGGCCAUUCAACAUACAGUGAUUGUGAUGUAGUCAAUAUUAUUGUGACACUGACGUUUUCUUCACAGACCCAGUAACCAUGGCCACGGUGAAAGUCAUCGGUGCCCAGCCAAUAGCAGACUACAUGUUUACUCUGACCUGUGAGACCGCUGGAAGCAUUUACUCCAUUCACUGGAUGAGGAACGGCUGGCCUCUGUAUGCUGACAACAGAACAGACUUCUCUAUGAACAACAAUACACUGACAUUCAACUCUGUCCAGCAUUCUGACAACGGAGACUAUCAGUGUUCUGCCUACAACCCCCUGAGCAACAUGACCAGCCCAGACUACAGACUGACCGUCAACUGUGAGUAGUUAUUAUCAAGUUCAACUUUGACCCGAUGGCCCGAGGUGGAAUCUUUGAGAACUUCCUUUAUAAACAUUGUAAUAAAGCCAAUGUGAUGGUUUGGAUCAAACCUUGUAUACCAUAUGACAUAUGUUGAUGUCCUUUAAACUUCUGGCCAAUGACAGAUGAUGGGUUUAACUCACAUCUGUCAAACUCAUUCCGCAGAGGGCCGAGUGUCAGCGGGUUUUUCGAUCCUCCCUUGAACUUGAUUGAUGUAUUAAGGUCCCUUAUUAGUGAGGAACUCCCCAAACCUGGUUGUCUUGGUCUUAAUUGAAAGGACAAAACAAAAACCAGCAGACACUAGGGCCUCCAUGGAAUGAAUUUGACACCCCUGGUCUAACUGAUUGUCUUUUGUAUCAUAGAUGGACCGGAUAUGCCUAUUAUAACAGGACCAGCAUUAGGAGAAACAGGACACAGCGUGAUCUUCAACUGCUCGGCCUCCUCUCAGCCUCUCAGCCAGUUCAGCUGGUUCUUCAAUGGCUCCCAGGUGGCAUCUGACUCAGUGUAUGAGACUGGCCCACUGACCUUAGCCAGUCAUGGGGAGUACACCUGUGUGGCCUUCAACAACAUCACUGGCAGAAACAGCACUGUCUCCAAGAUGCUCACUGUUGUUGGUAAAUCAGACUGUAGAUUAUUUGCUUUGUUGUGUUCAUUUACAAUCUGAUAAUAAUUACAAUAAACAUAUUUAUCAUACAAAGAGCCCAAACAUUUCUAAUCUUUACUCAGCGAAGAUGUACAGAUGAAUACAUCCUUUCAAUACAGUGCAGUGUCCACUUACAGUAUACCCUUAGCUCUCACCCUCUCCUUCCACAAAGAUGUACUUUUCCAUCACCCAAUAUUUAUCUGUGCUCCUCCAUGCCUAUCACAGGACUUCUCAUCAGUCAGGAGAGGCCUUGGGAGUAUACAUUCCUACAGCACACUGCAGUCCACUAAAUAAUUACACUUCUCAUACACAAAGAGCUUAAACCUAACGCUACUUUCAAUCUCUAAAGAUAUAAAAAACAAUCUAUUCAUACUAAGGGGAUAUAAUUAUAUAAAACAUGAAAUAUAUAAAACAGUAAUAUAAAACAGCAAUUUACCAUCUAUCAGAUCGUACAACCAUUUGUUUUAUAUGUACAUGUUAUAUAUAUCCAACUAUUGCAUCACUGGAACUAACCAUUUUACCAAAUUACAAAACUUGAUACUGUACAUAAAGCAAUACACAUCCUCUCUCCUCACAGAGGCUAUAAAGUCGGUGAUGGUGAAACGAAGCAAAAUACCGAUAGCAUCUGACAACCUAACCCUGACCUGUGAUGUCACCGGGCGCUAUGACACCAUCUACUGGAUGAAGGACAACCUGUCUUUGGUCCUGAACAACACCUUGAACUCUGACAUCACCAUCUCCAACAACUCUCUGCACUUCAGUCCAGUCCAGGUGUAUAACAAUGGAAACUAUCAGUGUGUCGCAACCAACAUCUUUGGUCCACACACCAGCCCUAAAUACCAGCUACUGGUGAACUGUAAGUACUGGCGUUUUAGUAAUAUUUUAAAAGAUACGCAUUUAUAUAAUGUAGAAACAGUCAGAAACCCACCACUGUUAUAAUGGUUAGUGCAUUCCGGGAUACUUGGGAUGUCCCUAGCCUAAACCCUAACCUUAACCCCUACCCUUACCUUAACCUUUACCUAGCCCUAACAUUAACCCUUACCUUAACUGUUUUAAAUUUCAACUUCAAUGGGGUGAUGUAAGAGUUGGAUGUCCCAAGUAGCCCGUUUAGACUUUUCCCUGUUAUGACCCCACCCUCUCUAAACUUCUUUCUGUAGAUGGCCCUCUGAGUGUGAACAUCUCUGGCCCAGUGUCAGUGGUGAUUGGCUCAGUAAUCACAGCUACGCUGAAGUGCUCUGCCAACUCCCAGCCAACCAGCGAGUACGGGUGGAAAUUCAACAACCAAUCAGUGCUGGGGACUGGUCCUUUGAUAGCUGUUGUUGCCUCCUUGGAGAAUGCAGGGAACUACACUUGUGUGGCCAAGAACCCUGUGACCAACAUCUCAAUGUCCAACACCAUCAGUCUGGAUGUCACUGGUAAGUGGGUCGGCUGUUGUAGUAAGACCUAGGUGGGAUGUAAUGAGUAAUCAAAUGUCACAAAGUUGUUUUUAUUAUGUUGAAACUUGGUAUUUAAUAUUGGCAUACUUCUUUGUGCAAGGAUAAUGUUCAUGCAUCAGGGAAAAUGCAAUAAAGCCAUAUGCUGAACUGGGGGGUACAGACAGGAAUCAAGAAUAAUAAUUGUUUUUAAUUAUAUUAUAUUUCUCCUCCCCUGCCUCCCCUCCUCUCCAUUUCUCCUUUCUCUCCCAGGCCACUCGACUGCCCCUCCAUUCCAGUCCAGAGUUGGUCUGAUGCUGAUGGCCCUGCUAGCUCUCUCUCUCUGCCUCUGA